GCCGAACAGGAGGGCACCGUCGUGGGGGGAAGAUGGCCUCAGUUUGCCCUGAUAACCAGGACAGAGUCUGGGGGUGAGUCCUGGCGGGUUCCGGGUUUUCUCACACCGUUUCUUCCUCUCUCUCUGAGGAUGAGAAGACAGCCAGCAGCAGCAGUAGCAGCAGCAGCAGCGGUCGCUCUCACACUGCUAGGACCAGGACACACUGCGUGAUGCAGAUCAGAGUCCAAGAGUUGACAUCCUGCGUUCAGGAGGACAUCCAUGCUUUUAACCACUGGAGGACUUCAGCUGAUACUCGUACAAUGAUCCGACGGCUGUAAAGUGAGACAAACAUUGAUAGAAGUCACCUGGAGUCGCCAUCUAAUUGGCUGUCCGCAAGGCACAUGAUGGCUAAUAACGAGCUACAAACUGAACCAGAUGGGCUUUCGGUGCUCCAGCAGCUAGGUCUGGACCAAAACUCGGACUUCUCAGACUCCAGCGUGCAGCAGCGCCUGGACGAGCACCGGGAGAGGAUCCGCAGGGAGAUCCGCAAGGAGCUGAAGAUCAAGGAGGGUGCAGAAAAUUUGCGCAGGGCCACCACCGACAAGAGGAAUGCACAGCAGGUGGACUCGCAACUCCGCAGCUCCAAGCGCAAGCUGGAUUCCCUCCACUCUCAGCUGCAGGAGCUGGACGCGCACAUUGUGGUCAAAGGCCCCGAUGACAACAAAGAUACUCCUAAGUCUCCGGGGUCGGAGAGUCGGACGUCGGCCAAUCAGCACCGCAUCGCAGCGUUGGAGCGGCAGCUAAACAUUGAGCUGAAGGUCAAACAGGGAGCAGAGAACAUGAUUCCAAUCUACCUCAGUGGAGGUACCAAGGACAAGAAGCUUCUUCAGAUGGCUCAGCAGAUGCUGCAGGACAGCAAGACAAAGAUCGACAUCAUUCGCAUGCAGAUCCGAAAGGCCAUGCAGGCCACAGAGCAGUCAGAGGACAACCAAAGUAAGCCAGACCUGUGUGGGGUGGAGCUGCGUAUGGAGGAGCUGUGGCAUCACUACCGCGUGGAGCAUGCCAUGGCCGAGGGAGCCAAGAACAUGUUACGGCUGCUGUGUGCAGGAAAGGUCCUCGACAAGAAGGCCAUUGCUGAGGCUCAGUGUGGUCUGAGCGAGUCGUCACAGCGACUGGACGUGCUCAAGUGCUCUCUGGAGAUGAGGCUGCAGGAGCUCCCUGAGGAUCACCCCAAGGCCUGCCUCAUCAAGGAGGAGCUGGUGCUGGCAUCGUCCUCGGCUUUCAGUUCCCUUCACGGCACCCCCUAUGUCCAUAACCAAUACAGCACCCUUAGCAAGCCCUCACCUCUCACAGGUACUCUUCAGGUACGUCUUUUGGGCUGUGUCGGGCUGAUAGAGAUGAUCCAAGGGCGGAACAGAACAGGCCCGGUGGUUCUUCCCUCUCACUUUCUGGGAGAUGGGCGCUCCUCCUUCAAACUGAGUGGCCUCUACAGCCGCAGCACCAGCAGCAUGAACCUUAAGGUCCCUGGCAAGAUCGAAGAUCACUCCUCGGAGGUGAGUGCAGUGCUGAAGCUGGAGAACACAGUGGUGGGUCAGACAGUUUGGAGAACAGUUGGAGAGCAGGCCUGGGAUCAGACCUUCACUGUAGAACUGGAGAGGUCCAGAGAGAUGGAGAUAGCAGUGUAUUGGAGAGAUUACCGCUCCCUGUGUGCUCUGAAGUACCUGAAGCUGGAAGAGUUCCUGGACAACCAAAGACACAGAGUCCAGCUGGACCUGGAGCCACAGGGGCUGCUGCUGGCCGAGGUGACUUUCUUCAACCCAGUAAUAGAGAGAGGCAACCGACUCCAGAGGCAGAAGAAAGUUUUCUCUAAACAGCACGACAAAGCCUUCCUGCGUGCUCGUCAGAUGAACGUGGACAUUGCAACCUGGGUCCGCCUGCUGAGGAACGCCAUCCCCAGUGGAGUCCCCAGCAACACACCUGCCUACACGCCCAGUUUCACAAGCAACACACUCACACAAACCACAGGAGAAAUCUCAGUGGAGAAGCUGAGUCUGGAAAGCGACUCUCCUCUCAAACCUGAGAUCAGGAGAUCAGGAGAUGUGGUGGAUGCACCCGGUCCCUUGGAACAGACGCCGGUCGUUGAGCCUGCAUGCACACCGGGUGUCCCUGUUCAUGAGCAGCCAACCAGAUCGCUGUCCCAGAACUCUUUACGCAGACCCAGCAGAGGCCCUCUUUGCCUGCAGGACUUCAAGCUGGUGGCGGUGCUCGGCAGGGGCCACUUUGGAAAGGUGUUGCUCUCAGAGUACAAAAAGAGCGGCAGCCUUUACGCCAUCAAAGCCCUGAAGAAGGGAGACAUUGUAGCACGGGAUGAAGUGGAAAGUCUGAUGUGUGAGAAGCGGAUCUUUGAGACCGUCAACGGCUCCCACCACCCCUUCCUGGUCAACCUGUUUGCAUGUUUCCAGACACCAGAACAUGUGUGUUUUGUCAUGGAGUACACGGCAGGAGGAGACCUCAUGAUGCACAUACAUGCUGACGUCUUUUCUGAGCCUCGUGCUGUGUUCUACUCAGCUUGUGUGGUCUUGGGUCUGCAGUUCCUUCACGACCAUAAGAUUGUGUAUCGGGAUCUUAAAUUGGACAACCUGCUGCUGGACACGGAGGGUUUUGUGAAGAUAGCAGACUUUGGGCUCUGUAAAGAAGGCAUGGGAUAUGGGGACAGGACCAGUACCUUCUGUGGGACCCCUGAGUUUCUGGCCCCAGAGGUGCUGACAGACACAUCGUACACCAGAGCAGUCGACUGGUGGGGGCUCGGGGUACUCAUCUAUGAGAUGCUGGUCGGAGAGUCUCCAUUCCCAGGCGAUGAUGAGGAGGAGGUUUUCGACAGCAUAGUGAACGAUGAGGUGCGCUACCCUCGCUUCCUUUCCACCGAGGCCAUCGGCAUCAUGAGACGGCUGUUGAGAAGGAAUCCUGAAAGACGUCUGGGCUCUGGAGAAAAGGAUGCUGAAGAUGUCAAAAAACAGCCUUUCUUCAGGGGAAUGGACUGGGAGGCUCUUCUUCAGAGGAAAGUCCUGCCGCCGUUUGUCCCGACCAUUGCAGGGAAAGAGGACGUCAGCAAUUUUGACACAGAGUUCACAGCCGAGGCUCCUGCCCUCACACCGCCCCGCGAGCGCCGCACCCUCUCCCGCAAGGAACAGGACUACUUCAAGGAUUUUGACUACGUCUCCGACCUCUGCUAGGGUCAGGGGUCAGGGGGUCAUAGGGUUUAUUAGCUGCCCACUGCCAGCCACAGACUCUGAAAGGAGACUUAAGAAGGAAAGGCUGACUGGCAGAGAGGAACUCGAUGGCGAUGAGAGGCGAGGAUCACUCUUACUCUGUCCUCUUUCUCUCUGUGUGCGACGGGAUGGAGGACGGGCUGGGCCGAGCGCGUGUGAACGGGGAUCAGCGGCGUCUGAUCGUGUGUCGCACACACAGGCAGUGCCACGGAUCUGCUGACCUCUAGACAAUCUGGAGUGGCUUUUAGACGAGGAGGAAGUCGUGAUUAUGACAGAAAAUAAUCCAGAUUAUGUAACAAAUGGAAGAUGAGAUGAUGGAUCCUGCUGUUUGCCCUGCCUGGCAACACAGUGAGGCAUUAAAAAAAAAAAAGAAAAAAAAAGAAAAACAUAAUCUGUGAUUGUACUGAAAUGCUCCAGGAGUCUCAGAAAUCACAGAGUGAGAGUGAAAAGUGAUUAUUCACACAGGAAGCAGUUUGUCUCUCUUCUUCCUGCACUUUCACUAAUCUCUUGUCCCUUUAUCUCUGCUGUUUGUUGCUGUGUGUUUCGCUGUGAACGGUUUUCCCUGCUCCUCAGUCUCGAAUGUAUCCACGUCAGCUGCAAUCAUGCACCGCCCGUACAUGGACACAUGGGGGAGCCAGAGGAAAGAGACAAUUCUGCUUUGUUGUUGAUCAGAGCUGCCUGUGGACUGUGUCGAAGGAAGGCACACAGAGCGGGGGAUUUGAAUGGAGAGGGAGGGGAAGUGGCUGCUGUGUGUGCGUCCACAUCUCACAUAGGACACCUCUCUGUCGUCUUCUCUUUCAGGUCUUUCAGUACAACACUGAUUUUUAACUACAAUCAUUUCUCAAUGACAAAAAGCUUUUACAAAUUUUGUUCUGUUUUUGUGAUUUAUAGUUUUUUUCCCCUGUUUGUUUCCUCCUCUGUCAUUUGCUGGUGAAAUGUGUUGGAACUGUGACUCAGUAAAGAUGUGAACCCAACAUCAA